CUGGCUGAAUAGCUUCCACUCUUCACCAGAUCUCACCGCCGCGUCCUCUUUCUCCUCCAUGCCGUCGUCGCACCACCACCACCACCUUGUCCUCUUCAUUCUCAUCCUGCUCGUCAUUCUGCCAUUCUCCGCCGUUGCUGCAGUCGGUGGAGAACAAGAGGCGGCGUGCGACGCGGAGUACCGGCAAGAAGACCUCCGGCCGGACCGGCUGACGGUGCUCCUGAGCGGCUACUCGGAGCGGCGGCUCCCGCUCCUCCGCGCCAUCGCGGGGGCCUACGCCGCCCACCCUCUCGUCCUCUCCGUCCUCAUCCUCUGGUGCAACCCCUCCACCCCGGACGACCGCCUCCGCCUCCCGCGCUUCCCGCCGCGCGUCUCCCUCCACCGCACCGCCUCCGCGUCCCUCAACUCCCGCUUCCUCCCGCACCCGUCCAUCCGCACCGCCGCCGUGGCCGUCGCCGACGACGACGUCCUCCCGGACGCCGCGGCCAUCUCCUUCGCGUUCGCCGCCUGGCAGCAGCAGCAGCGCCCGGGCUCCCUCGUCGGCUUCUUCCCGAGGUCGCACCGCCUCGACCUGGCCCGCGGGGGGUGGGCGUACGCCGCGCCGCAGCCGGGGCGCUACUCCAUGGUGCUCACCAAGUUCAUGGUCCUCGGCGUCGACCUCCUCCGCAGGUACUCCUGCUCCCCGGAGCUGGCGGCGGCGCGCGCCGUCGUGGACCGGGAGCGCAACUGCGAGGAUAUACUAAUGAACUUCGUGGCCGCCGAGGCGUCCGGGGAAGGGCCCGUGCUCGUGGAGGCCGGCAGCGUCAGGGACUGGGACGACCCGAGGAACGACGCCAACGCCGGCGCCGGCGCUGCCGCGGAGAUGAAGGCCGUGGGCUUGAGCUCGACAGGCGGCGUGGGGCACCUGGAGAAGAGAGGGGAGUGCAUCACCGAGUUCCACCGGCUGCUUGGGAGGAUGCCGUUGCGGUACAGCUACGGGAAGCUGGUGGAGGCCGCCGUCGGCGAGCAGGGCCUGUGCAGCAAAGGCGGCCGACUCGUCCGGUGCGACCGGGAGUAGCCUGAGCUUGUCGCAGCGUUGAUACGUGACAUAGCUAGCCUUCAGUGACGUGUGAUCACUUUUCUUUUUCCAAGCGAUCCUCAUGGAUCGAUUUUUAUUACUCCAUAGUAUCUAGCCCUUGCGACCAAAAGAAAAGGCAGCAAAAAAAAAUACGCCUACUGCUAGCGUUCUGAGGAGAAGAUUUUAAUGACUUCUAAAAGCGAUAUAUUACAAGAACCGCACAACAAUCAGGAGCUACAUAGAGCGACUGAUCGUUCUAUGGUCAAAAAUGUUUUAGAUGAGAUAA